AUGCUUCGGAUCGAAAGGCCGGGACUCCCGCUUCCUUUCGAUCGCGAAGAGCUGAGCUCGCUCUGUCCGGUGGGUACUGUUGCCUCAAAAUACUCUCAGAGUGAUGGCCUGGUCAAGCUGACACCACUCCGAGAGCAGAAGAACGUGCUGGAGACCACCCACGGAGCCCUAGAUAUAGCGGGCAUACCUGAAAAUAUAUAUAGCGAGAAAAAACAUGAAGCAACGAAUAGAUUAUCUUCGCAAUCGCUUAAAAAUAUACAGAUUGAUAAGCAGCACACAUUGUUUACAUAUUCUGUAAGUGACAAAGAAGCGUCUUCCUCCUUAUUGCAAGAAACAAGAUCAUUUGAUAAAGAAAACACGAAUAUAUUGCCAGAAAUUAUUUGUAAUUCGCCGAAAAGUACAAGAAACAAAACCUUGUGUAAUGAAAUUGAAAUGUUGCGCAAACGUGUAGAAGUUUUACAGAGAAAAAUAAAACAAAAAAAUAAACGAAUUUCUGCUUUAAGCAAUAUUUCAAGGAAAGAAACAAAUGCUAAAAGUUCAGUAUGUAACAAAGCAAUUAAUACAUCGCCUUCUUUAUUACACACCAUGAAAAAAUCAACAGAGGACAAAGAAACGAGUAUUUCACCAAAAAAAUUAUGGAACUCUCCAACAAAACAUGCAAUUAGAGAAGAAAAUAAGAAACAAAAGCUUUAUCUGUCCGGUAAAGGAUACUGUAGCGUCUGUGUCAGUACAAACGUCUUUUGA